AUGGGUUCAAAUACUGAUCCUCAUCAAAUGGUGCUGACAUCAAUUGUGUCUACAAGUCCUUCUGUUGCAAGUAGUACUCAUCCUAAUGGACUUGUAGCGAAGCGCUCAUUGUUAGCUCGUCCAAUGACUAGUAUAAAUCGAAUAUCGAUUCCUGAACAUGCUUCUGCUACACUUACGUUCCAUAGUAUCAAUUAUAUAGUUGGAGCCAAAUCAACAUUAAGCAAACGAUGUGUGAAAUAUCCGAAUCUUCCAUUCUUGAAAGCUCGAGAACCGAAACAAGUUCUGUUCGAUGUAUCAGGAAAAUUUAUGAACGGAAUGAAUGCUAUACUUGGUCCUUCUGGAUGUGGAAAAUCAUCGCUGCUUGAUGUUCUCGCCGAUCGAAAAGAUCCGAAUGGUCUUUCUGGGCUUGUGCAAGUUGACGGAGCGCCACGUCAUCCAUCUUUUAAAUAUACUGUUGGUUAUGUCGUUCAAGAAGAUAUUUGCAGUGGUACAUUAACAGUUCGCGAAAAUCUAUGGUUUUCAAUUAAUCUUCGUAUGUCAAAAGAAGUGUUGAUAACCGAAAAGAAAGAUCAUGUUGCCCGUGUUAUUAAAGAACUUGGUCUUGAAGCUUGUGCAGAUACACGUGUAGGUACAGAAUUUCUUCGAGGCGUCUCUGGUGGUGAAAAGAAACGAACUUGUAUUGGUAUGGAAUUGGUUUUAUCACCCAAGAUCUUGUUUCUUGAUGAGCCAACCACAGGCACCGUCAUAUUUUCUAUUCAUCAGCCACGCUACUCCAUCUUUAAAAUAUUUGAUAAAGUAAUGUUCAUGUGCAAAGGUCGAUGUGUUUAUCAUGGUUCACCUAACGAUGUUGUUUCAUACUUUGGUACACAUGGAUAUCAAUGCGAGCAAUAUGACAAUCCAGCUGAUUAUGCAUUAGAUGUUUUAAUUGAUGUUAGUCGAAAGCCAGACACACUGACAAGACUAAAUAAUAUAUACAAUAGCACACGUGCUGAUGUAUUGGCAGUCCUUCACCCACAAGAAAGUUUAACCAGUAAUGAAAAUAUUGAGCAGGAACGACGAAAAUAUAAGGUAGAAGCAGCUCGUUCAAUGAGAGCAGAAAUCUUUUAUUUGUCACAGCGAACAUUUCGAAAUGCUGUGCGCAAUCCUGCGCUAGCAUUGUCGCAAACUCUUGUUUCUGUUGUUAUCGGUUUAUUGAUCGGACUACUAUUUUACGACUUGAAGAAAACGAUUGAACCUGGUGUUCAAAAUCGGCUUGGUGCAAUUUUUUUCAUUAUAAUGAGUCAGACUUUUAGCAACGUAACAGCAAUUGAGCCGCUCAUCAGUGAAAGUGUACUUUUUAUUCACGUAGGUUUUUUUAGAAUGCUAUAAUGAUAUAUUUUAUUUCGUGUCUUGAAGGAACGUACAAGUGGUUACUAUAGAAUCUUCACAUUUUUCAUUGCCAAAUUAGUGUGCGACUUGUUACCUAUGCGUGUGAUGCCAGCAAUUUUAUUUUCUAUCACCUCCUAUUUUAUGAUUGGCUUAACUCGAACAGGUGGCCAAUUCUUUAUUUUUCUGUUGACAGUCUUCAUGACAAGUCUAUUUGGAUCAGCUUUAUGCUUUUUCAUUGCAGCUACUAUACAUGUCUUCGGUAAGAUCAUGACUUUCCUAUAGUUAUGUUCUAAUUAUUAUUAUUCAAAAAGAUCUCACAUGAUUAAAUAGAAGACAAAAAGGGAGAUUAAUUAUGGUCUCGUUUUAAGUUUGAAACAAGAAAAAUUGAUGAAAAUAACGACUUCACUAUUAAUAUUGAAACUCCUAAUAUAUAGACUCAGUUUUUUCAGAAAAUAACAGAAAUAAGCAUUAUAAAAAACGAAAAAAGAUAUCGAUCUUUAUUCUCUUAAUCAACAAUUGACCUAUCGGUGCAAAAUUUUACUAAGUACUUACUGAAGUUGAACUGAGCUUCUAUUGUGUAGUAAUUAUCUAGAAUUUUCUCAAAAUAAAUAUUUUUCUCUAUAUAUUAUCAUGUGUCUGUUCAUUGCAGCUGUGGCUUUAAUCACUGUUAUACUCAUUUUUGUCGUUAUGAUGAUGUUUACUGGAUUUCUUAUUGAUUUGUCAAGUGUCUUUCCUUUGCUCUCGUGGCUUCCGUGGAU